AUCGAGUAGCUCAGCGCCGUUUCUUUCACCGAGCGCCGGAGCGGCCUGGUCGGAGGCCUCCGCACCGAGCUCAAUUUUUUUCCUCUCCCCGUUGCCGGGGUUGCCGCUCUGUGGUCCCGCCCGGCCGGCCUGACGCCCCCGCUCCGCCGCCAUGAAGCUCGUGAGGUUUCUAAUGAAAUUGAGUCAUGAGACUGUGACCAUUGAACUGAAGAAUGGAACACAGGUGCAUGGAACAAUCACUGGAGUGGAUGUCAGUAUGAAUACGCAUCUUAAAGCUGUGAAAAUGACACUGAAGAACAGAGAGCCUGUACAGUUGGAGACAUUGAGUAUUCGGGGAAAUAAUAUUCGAUACUUCAUUCUGCCAGACAGUUUGCCUCUGGAUACCUUGCUAGUGGAUGUUGAACCAAAAGUCAAAUCCAAGAAAAGGGAAGCAGUUGCAGGAAGAGGCCGUGGCAGAGGUCGGGGCAGAGGCCGUGGCCGUGGCAGAGGAAGAGGGGGACCUAGGCGAUAACUUCUCACACCACAGAUACAUGUUACAAAAUUCUAGGCAGUUAGAUAUUUUUUGUACAGGUUUUGUUUACAAUGUCAAUUUUUAAUAAACACAAAUGUGGAAAA